CCAUGGCCGCUCGCUGUCUCGGCGCUGCCGCGGCGCUCCGCCGCCCGCCCCGCUGCCCGCUGCCCGCCCGCCCCGAGCAGCGCCGGCACUAUGCCAACAAGCGGAUCAAGGUGGCAAAUCCAGUGGUGGAGAUGGACGGGGAUGAGAUGACGCGAAUCAUCUGGGCCUUCAUUAAAGAGAAGCUCAUCCUGCCCAACGUGGAUGUCCAGCUAAAAUACUUCGACCUGGGGCUGCCACAUCGGGACAAGACGGAUGAUCAGGUCACCAUUGACUCAGCGCUGGCCACCCAGAAGUACAGCGUGGCUGUCAAGUGUGCCACCAUCACGCCUGAUGAAGCCAGGGUGGAAGAGUUCAAGCUGAAGAAGAUGUGGAAGAGCCCCAAUGGCACCAUCCGAAACAUCCUGGGGGGGACGGUGUUCCGGGAGCCCAUCAUCUGCAAGAACAUUCCUCGUCUGGUGCCCGGCUGGACCAAGCCCAUCACCAUUGGCCGUCAUGCCCAUGGUGACCAGUACAAAGCCACCGACUUUGUGGUGGACAAGUCUGGGACAUUCAAGCUGGUCUUCAUGCCCAAGGACAGCAGUGGGGCCAAGGAGUGGGAGGUGUUCAACUUCCCCGGCGGCGGCGUGGGCAUGGGCAUGUACAACACGGAUGAGUCCAUCUCUGGCUUUGCGCACAGCUGCUUCCAGUACGCCAUCCAGAAGAAGUGGCCACUCUACCUGAGCACAAAGAACACCAUCCUCAAGGCCUACGAUGGCCGCUUCAAGGACAUCUUCCAGGAGAUCUUUGAUAAGCACUACAAGACGGAGUUUGACAAGCUGAAGAUCUGGUACGAGCACCGGCUCAUCGAUGACAUGGUUGCCCAGAUGCUGAAAUCAUCCGGUGGCUUUGUCUGGGCCUGCAAGAACUACGAUGGAGAUGUCCAGUCAGACAUCCUGGCCCAAGGGUUCGGCUCCCUGGGGUUGAUGACCUCUGUCCUGGUGUGUCCGGAUGGGAAGACCAUUGAGGCCGAGGCCGCCCAUGGCACCGUCACCCGCCACUACCGGGAGCACCAGAAGGGACGACCCACCAGCACCAACCCCAUUGCCAGCAUCUUCGCCUGGACACGUGGCCUGGAGCACCGGGGCAAGCUGGACAGUAACCCUGACCUCAUCAGGUUUGCACAGAUGCUGGAGAAGGUUUGUGUGGACACGGUGGAGAGCGGGACCAUGACCAAGGACCUUGCUGGCUGCAUCCAUGGCCUUGCCAAUGUGAAGCUGAAUGAGCAUUUUGUGAACACGACUGACUUCCUUGAUGCCAUCAAGAACAACCUGGACAAGGCUCUGGGCAAGAAAUAGGGGACAGCCUCCCU